AACUAGGGGUGUUCAUUGCAGCAUUUCUCAAAAACAAUCACUAUCAAUGUUGUUGCGCCGGCCACCAAAUCGUUAGGCAGACAAAAGAAAAAUCUAAGAAUCUCCUGUCAGGAAUGAUUGGAAUCCUCCAUAUCUCUUUGGUCAAAAGGCCAGCCAUGUGAUCUUCAAUCAGUAAUUUGAAGCAAAAAAUAUUCCUAGAAGUAGAAGCCAUUGAAUAUGUUGCGUUUACCUUCGUAUAGCAACAACCGCGCGCCGUCUACAUUUAUGUAUAUACGUUUAUAUAUACAUGUAUAUAAAAUGAUGAGUGUGAAAAGGGAACAAUUUGGGUUAUAUUGUUUGAUCCAAUACACGGCCCUUCUGUUGGGAAAACCAUGUGAGUGGAAUGAACGUGGAAUUAUAAAUUAAUUUUAGAGAAUUUCUGGAGGGUGGCUGUGAUAAAAAAAAGGGAUACAAAUAUGAGGGACCACAUGGGAAGUUGUUGCCUCAGAUGGGUCUGGCCCUUAUUUAAGACGCACUCCAUGUGUUUGUAAAAUCACUCAAAGAAAAUCCAGUCACCAUUUUCUUCCUCAUUUGGCUUUCACAAUUGGCAGAGCAAGAAAAAUGGCGGAAAACAGCAUUCUUGCUCUGGUGAUAAUUUCCAUUUGCCAAGUUUUAAUCCAUGUGGACGCGUUCAAGGCUUCUCCCUGGUAUAGUGCUCAUGCUACUUUCUACGGAGGCAGCGACGCCUCUGGAACCAUGGCUGGAGCAUGUGGAUUUGGUAACACGUAUACGACUGGCUAUGGGGUAGCCACUACAGCUUUGAGCACUGCAUUGUUCAAUAAUGGGGCUUCAUGUGGGCAAUGCUACAGGAUCGUUUGUGAUUAUAGGUUGGAUACACAAUUUUGUAUUAAAGACAAGGCGAUAACAGUCACCGCCAUUGACUUUUGCCCGCCUAACUGGUCCGAACCAAGCGACAAUGGAGGGUGGUGCAAUCCUCCCCGCCCGCAUUUCGACAUGUCUCAACCUGCUUGGCUAAAUAUUGGGAUUUACGUCGGUGGGAUCGUGCCAGUUGUUUACCAAAGGGUCCCAUGCAAGAGACAUGGUGGAAUGAGAUUCACAAUCAAUGGAAAUCCUUGGUUUAACCUUGUAUUGAUAAGCAAUGUGGGUGCAGCUGGAUCUAUUCAAGCUAUAUCAAUCAAGGGCUCAAACACUGAUUGGAUUCCCAUGUCACUGAACUGGGGAGUAAACUGGCAAUCUAGUACCUAUCUCAUUGGCCAAGUUCUCUCCUUUAUGAUCACAGCAUCUGAUGGAGAAGUCGUUCAAUGUCUCAACAUUGCGCCUUCAAACUGGGGAUUUGGGCAGACCUUCUCUGACAGAUACUGUCAAUUCUAAAGUUGAAAUUGCAGGUUUCGGUGUUCAGGGUUGAGGGUUUGUGGUAUCAGUUGCUGCGGCGAGCUUUUUUGUUUUAUAGAAGCAGCCCGCCAUUCUUUUUGGAAUUUACAUUAUUUGGUGGGAAUGAAAAAGAUAAAGAUGAAGUUGAUGGUCGAGACGUGGUGAACCCAUAAUAAACUCAGGGCUAAGAAAUUCUUCCUUUUUUCUUUUGAGUUUCUACAAUUCAAAUUUCUGCAAUUGUAUUUGGAGGUGGGGAUUAUGUGUAUAUGGUAAUAAAGUUGUUGUAUUGUAUAUUAAUAAGCAUCGCGGUUUCUGCUUCAUAUAAUGUGUUUCCGGUUGUUCGAUCUUGUAAUAUAUUUGUCAUGUAUAGCAUGAAUUGUUGUCAUUAUUAUAUCAUAACAUUGUGACCUAAUAAACCUUUGUUCUCUCUCU